UAAACUCAAGAAUCUGACGGCAAGCAUUGUCGACGCCGAGAUCCGCGAAAAAAAAACAUAAAAAACAAAGAAAAAAAAAAUUAAAGAAAAUUAAAAUAAAAACGAGUAAACGUGAGCGCGAUAAAUGACAAGCACAAACAAAGAGCUAAGCAAAUUAUAUACCAAAGUACAUACGAAUACAUAAACACUCUCACGCACACGAGCGAGGCGCGCCAAAAAGAGUCGGGUGUAAGCAUAAGGCCAAUUGAACUGCAAUUUUAUUGGGUUUAAUUGCUGAAACAAAAGCCAAGAGAGGACCAUAAAAGCUAUAUACCAAACUGUGCAAAGUGAAAAUAUCGGCGAGGGCGAACGAGACAGCGAGUGACAGCGAGAGAUAGUGCUGCAGAUAUAGCCACCAUAUAGACCCGCCAGCCAACCGAAGGAGAUGAAUCGAACCGCCGGCCGCAGACUUCCGGCCCUCCAGUUUGCCCUGCUGCUUAGCCUGGUGGCCCUGGCCACCGCCCGUCCGCCCACCGAGGAUGACAGCGACGGGGCCAUCCUCCCGCCGGAUGCCGACAAUGUGGAGAUCCAUCAAGUGGAAUUUGUGAAUGGCGUCAUGCAGGAGGAUCAUCCGGUGAUCAUGUACAAGGAGGAUUUCGUUACCGAGGAUUUUGACCCCGCUAAAAACGCCACCAGUCCCGGACACCACAAGAAGCACAGGCGAACGCACCAUCGCCAUGCAGAGCCUCAGCCAGAGAACGAGGGCGAAAAGAUCCUGUUCGAUGUCCUGCCCGACAAACCGAUUGUGCUGAAGGACGACCUGGAAGCAGCGCCGGUAAGCAACUUGGAGGCCACUCAACUGGUGACGCCCGUGAAGGAGCAGUUGCUGCGGAAGCUGCCCAAAAAGUACCACAGUCGCCAGCGUCGAAGCCCGCAGUGGAACGGGAUUGUCAGCGGCUAUUCGUACAGCAGCCACCUUCCGCUGCAGACCCUUUACUAUAUUCCUCGUCUAGCGGUGUCGGGCAAGAAACCCAAUUUGCAGGGAGGAAAUCGAGGCUCGCAAACGAAUAAGAUCGUGAAUGAGGAGGUGCCAGUGCCAGAUGAUCUUCCAAUCCGACUUGACUUGGAACACGACUCCAACCCAGCCAAUGCGGACUUCAGUCAAUUCAAUAAGCCAAGGCCCACGCGCCCCUCGAACUCGGUAGUCUCGGGUGGUGGCCGUGACGGUCCCCUUUCCGGAGGAAGCAACGCCUUUCCCCGACCCGAGAACCGGCCGGCGACGAACAGGCCCCCGCAGAGCCAGGCCCCCACCACCGCGCCCAAGGUGACCAACUGCGUGUGGGCGAUCGUGAACUGCUGCGACAACGGCAGCAAGAAGAUCCGGUACAGCUGCUUCGAGUCCUUCGGCUGCCACGGCGCCUUCUGGGGCAUCAAUCCAUGCGCGGACGAGGGCGUGCUCGACGCCGACGAUCUCGUGGCCCAAGCCUAUCCCCUAUCCAGCUUCACGCCCCCAGCCCCCGCUCCCCAAGCUUCCGCACCACGGCCGUCCUUCAGACAAGACACCCUGCAGUUUCCCCAGGAGCUGGAGCACCAGGCGGGCAGCAAUUGCCAGCGGGCCUCCAAGUACUGCUGCAGCCUCCGGAACAUCGCCUCGCUGUACGACUGCUACCAGAAGCAGGGCUGCAACGACAGCCUCUCGGACAUAAUCUCCGGCUGCUCCUAGGCCUGUAGCGGCAGUCGUGUACCGGCAUUUACCUUUAGGUCCUAACGCGUUAAGUAACGUCAACAAGCACUCGAGUUUCGAAGGCCCCGCCUGCACCCCAAGACUUAUCUGCGGAUAAGCCAACACAAAUAUCUAGUCGGCUGAGGUUCAGCAAAGGCUGGUGCAAGCGGGGCCGGUCCUAUGUUAAUUAAACGGA